UAUGAAUCAGGAGACCAAGAUCGACUGUGUCCACAUCGCCAGUAAAGCUGCCAUACUGGUGACCCAGCUCACUACUCCAUACAUCCGCAUCGCAGCAGCAGCUGGUGACGACCAACUAACAGGAGCGGUCACCCAUAAGCCAGACGCGGUGGAGCCAGAGAAACAGACAGACCACACGGUGAAGAUAGCCGGAGUCAUCGCUGGCAUCCUCCUCUUCACCAUCAUCUUCCUCGGAGUCGUCCUCCUCAUCAAGAAAAGAAGAACCUACCAUUCCUACACUUACUACCUGUAA